CUUUGAGGAGGAAAUCGCUGCUCUCGGCUCCUUCCUGUAGUAACAGCCUCCGCCGCUGCCGCCGGAGCCGGGGCCGGGCCGGGAGCGCGAGCCGCGGGCGCACAGCCGGCCCGCCGCCGACGGCCGGGCCCCGCCAGGUAAGCAGCCAUGGCGGGCUGGAUUCAGGCCCAGCAGCUGCAAGGAGAUGCCCUUCGUCAGAUGCAAGUGCUGUACGGACAGCACUUCCCCAUCGAGGUGCGGCAUUACCUGGCACAGUGGAUUGAAAGCCAGCCAUGGGAUGCCAUUGACCUGGACAAUCCCCAGGACCGAGGCCAGGCCACCCAGCUCCUGGAGGGCCUGGUGCAGGAGCUGCAGAAGAAGGCGGAGCACCAGGUGGGGGAAGAUGGGUUUUUGCGGAAGAUCAAGCUGGGGCACUAUGCCACGCAGCUGCAGAACACAUACGUCCGCUGCCCUAUGGAGCUGGUCCGCUGCAUCCGGCACAUUCUAUACAACGAACAGAGGCUGGUCCGAGAAGCCAACAAUUGCAGCUCACCGGCAGGUAUCCUGGUGGACGCCAUGUCCCAGAAGCACCUUCAGAUCAACCAGACGUUUGAGGAGCUGCGACUGGUCACGCAGGACACAGAGAACGAGCUGAAGAAGCUGCAGCAGACCCAGGAGUACUUCAUCAUCCAGUACCAGGAGAGCCUGAGGAUCCAAGCUCAGUUUGCCCAGCUGGCCCAACUGAACCCCCAGGAGCGUCUGAGCCGGGAGACAGCGCUGCAGCAGAAGCAGGUGUCCCUGGAGGCCUGGCUGCAGCGCGAGGCGCAGACCCUGCAGCAGUACCGCGUGGAGCUGGCCGAGAAGCACCAGAAGACCCUGCAGCUGCUGAGGAAGCAGCAGACGGUCAUCCUGGACGACGAGCUGAUCCAGUGGAAGCGGCGGCAGCAGCUGGCCGGGAAUGGGGGUCCCCCCGAGGGCAGCCUGGAUGUGCUGCAGUCCUGGUGUGAGAAGUUGGCUGAGAUCAUCUGGCAGAACCGGCAGCAGAUCCGCAGGGCCGAGCACCUCUGCCAACAGCUGCCCAUCCCCGGGCCCGUGGAGGAGAUGCUGGCCGAGGUCAAUGCCACCAUCACAGACAUCAUCUCAGCCCUGGUGACCAGCACAUUCAUCAUCGAGAAGCAACCCCCUCAGGUCCUGAAAACCCAGACCAAGUUCGCAGCCACCGUGCGCCUGCUGGUGGGCGGGAAGCUGAACGUGCACAUGAACCCGCCCCAGGUGAAGGCCACCAUCAUCAGCGAGCAGCAGGCCAAGUCCCUGCUCAAGAACGAGAACACGCGCAAUGAGUGUAGUGGCGAGAUUUUGAACAACUGCUGCGUCAUGGAAUACCACCAGGCCACGGGUACCCUCAGCGCCCACUUCAGAAACAUGUCUCUCAAGAGAAUCAAGCGUGCUGACCGGCGAGGGGCGGAGUCUGUGACAGAGGAGAAAUUCACCGUCCUGUUUGAAUCUCAGUUCAGUGUUGGCAGCAAUGAGCUUGUGUUCCAGGUGAAGACGCUGUCCCUACCUGUGGUUGUGAUUGUUCAUGGCAGCCAAGACCACAACGCUACUGCCACGGUGCUGUGGGACAACGCCUUUGCAGAGCCCGGCAGGGUGCCAUUUGCUGUACCCGACAAAGUGCUGUGGCCGCAACUGUGCGAGGCGCUCAACAUGAAAUUCAAGGCCGAAGUGCAGAGCAACCGGGGCCUGACCAAGGAGAACCUCGUGUUCCUGGCACAGAAACUGUUCAACAGCAGCAGCGCCCACCUGGACGACUACAGCAGCAUGUCUGUAUCCUGGUCCCAGUUCAACAGGGAGAACCUGCCUGGCUGGAACUACACCUUCUGGCAGUGGUUCGACGGGGUGAUGGAGGUGUUAAAGAAGCAUCACAAACCCCACUGGAAUGAUGGCGCCAUCCUAGGUUUUGUGAAUAAGCAACAGGCUCAUGACUUGCUCAUCAACAAGCCAGAUGGGACCUUCCUGUUACGUUUCAGUGACUCAGAAAUCGGGGGUAUCACCAUUGCCUGGAAGUUUGACUCACCGGACCGCAAUCUGUGGAACCUGAAGCCAUUCACCACGAGGGAUUUCUCCAUCCGCUCCCUGGCGGAUCGGCUGGGGGACCUGAACUAUCUCAUCUAUGUGUUUCCUGACCGCCCCAAGGAUGAGGUCUUCUCUAAGUACUACACUCCUGUGCUCGCUAAAGCAGUUGACGGAUACGUGAAGCCGCAGAUCAAGCAAGUGGUUCCCGAGUUUGUGAACGCGUCUGCAGAUGCCGGGGCCGGCCCCACAUACAUGGACCAGGCGCCCUCCCCCGCAGUGUGCCCCCAGACUCAUUACAACAUGUACCCACAGAACCCUGACCCUGUCCUGGACCAGGAUGGAGAAUUCGACCUGGAUGAGACCAUGGAUGUGGCCCGGCAUGUGGAAGAACUCCUACGGCGGCCCAUGGACACUCUUGACCCCCACCCUUCCCCACCUGCCGGCCUCUUCACCCCUGCUAGAAGCUCCCUGUCCUGAAUGCUUCUCUUAGGCGACUAUUUUCAACACGAAGAGUCCUUAUCAGUUAUGCUUGUAGUAUUGCCCUGCAUACUUAGGCCUUUGCAGGCAGUACAUUUUGUGUGUGUGUGCACGCUUGCUUGUGCACAAGGGGUGUCUGCCUCGCCUUUGCUCUCCUAGGUAUGUGGUUGCAGCAGUGAUGGCAUUGUUUUGUUCUGAUCAAGGUCUCCAACAACAGGGUCUCCCCUGGGUCUAAAUGGCAUUAGACACAGGGCUUCUGCCAUUGUAAGCAAACCUGGUCCUCCCAAACCUACCCUUUAUCUGCUCAGUGGCUAUUUAAGUGAGAUUAUUCCAGAAAGAAGAGAGGGGGGAGGGAAAGGUUACUCCUGAGCUGGAAGCUCCUGUGUAUGCAUAUAUGUGUAUGCAUUGGGUGUGCAUCUGUCCUCACACACAUGUGGUGGUCUCGUGCUUUUCCUCUGCAGAAAGGACUCCCCUCCCCCUAGUGUGUCUAGGCUGUAACCAUUCAAGUUGGGUUCAUUUGAGUCAAGGCUGUCUGAGCUGCUCUGGUACAGAGUUGCUUGGUCUCAUGUCCUUGAACCAGAGCAUGGGCUUCAAAUCUGAAAUUCCCUUCCCAUAGUCUCUCUCUCUCUCUCUCUCUCUCUCUCUCUCUCUCUCUCUC